AAGGGAGACAUCGACACGGUGCUGGGGUGCUCCAGCCGCGUCCGAUGAGCGACAGUGGCCAGAACGGAGAGGGGGUGGCUGGAUGCGUCAUGUCACUCCGAUGGGGAAUACCUAGAAAGGCAAUAUAAUGGCAACAGAUGAUGAUGCAAUGACAUUUUCUAGCAUUCUGCAUGGUGUUUCCCCUUGUAGAGAAGAUAAUGAUGAGAGUUCAGUGGAUAUUUAUGAUGGGUUAGACAAUGGUCCAAUUGUUUCUGCCAGUCUUGUUACAAAAGCAACCCCAAACGGAAGCAGUUUAAAUCUGUUUGAUGAGAUCCUAAUUGCAGAAGAAACAGCAAAAGAAGCUUCGUAUAAUGAUUUGCAGGCCAAACAUGAGAAAUGUUUGCAGCAACUUCAAGAGUUGAUGAAGAAGCUUCAGGAAAUACAAGAACAGAAUUCUAUUCUACAAAAUGAAAACCAGUCCUUGAAAAAGAAUAUUUCAGCUCUUAUCAAAACAGCAAGAGUAGAAAUUAAUCGCAAAGAUGAAGAAAUCACUAAUCUCCAGCGAAGGUUAUUAGCAUUUCCAGUUCAUCAGAAUACCUACAGUAGAACAUACUUUGCAGCACCAAUUAAUAAUGCAAGGAACUUUGAAGGAUUGAAAAAAAAUAAUUGCAAAGAUUUGCUUCCAGAGAACAAUCCAAAGACAGAUCCUAGGACUAAACCUCCGCUUCCUAAAGAUGUUUCUCACAGUCAUCUAUCUUGUGAUGCAGGAAAUCAGAAAUUUCAUUUAGAAAAAAGAAAUGCUCCCUGUGUAACUAGAUCGCAUCCAGAACUGCUUCAUGAUGACACACAUUCAAGGUUGACAAAUGUUAGCAAUUCUUCUGUCAAAGAAAAGGGGAAAAAAGAAAUAAGAAAUGAAAACCAUCAUAGCAAGGAGAAUGAUUGCAGAUAUAAAACCAAAGGACACCAAAAUAUGGGUGGCAUCACAGAUGCAAAGUUGCAAGUUAAUCCAGAAAACCCAGUCAGAAAUGGACUCUGGAAAGACAGUAAGAACUCCAAACUCAAAACUAGCCCAUAUUCAGAACAAGGAACUGAUAUAUUUCCUUCGGCUUUGGAGAAACAACCAACUCCUAAUGAUGGAUUACUAUCAAAAAUGGAACAUUCUAGUAAUGAUAGAAGGGAAAAGUCCCAAAACAUAAAGCAGAAGGACAUGAAAACACAAAGCAAAGAUGAAAGCAGUAGCAGACAGAAAACUAAGCCUUCUGAAAGGAAUCUUGAACAACAAAGAAGAAGAAGUGAUAGCAAUAGCAGUCCAUCUAAAAAAAAUAUAAGUGAUCAAAAAUUAAGUAAAAGUUACGUGGAAGACAAAAAAGUAAAAGACAAUGGUAACAGAAAAAACAAAGGAAUGAAUAAUCAUGAGUCCCAAGGAAGGAGACGGCUGUCAUCACCACCUCCUAACAGUAAGCAUAAACACAGCCAUUCUAAGGAACUGAGCAGUAAACAUGAAUUUGAAAGCAUGCAUUCAAAAUCUGAGAGACAUCGAACUGAAGAAAAAAGAAAAAACAAGAGAGUGACCCUUGGAGAAAGCAAGAAUUCUCAAAAUGAAAGAACAGAUUCGAAGGAAGUGUCGCAAAAAAUAGCAAAAUGUGUAAAUAAAAUUAAGGACUAUAAAUCAGUAGAACAAAACAAAUCCUUUCCAUCACAAGAAACUGACAAGAUAGCAGAUGGCAUGGAAAAACAAAAGGCCACAAAAAUUAGAAGAGACGAAGAUCAGUUAAAAAGCAAAGACCUAAAGCUGAGUUUUAUGCAGAAACUAAAUUUGACCCUUUCUCCUGCAAAAAAACAAACAAGCGAACUCAAACAAGUAGGACAACCCACCAAUGAAUAUGAUGGAGGGAUUCCAGGUGAACAUAUUAGUUCUAGUGCCACUAAGCAAAAAAACCCACCAUCAGUACCAGUCGCAGACAGUACUGUUCCAGGCAAUUUGGAACAAGUAGUUUCAGAGACCAAAAUGGAUAUGGGUACUGAGAGGCUGCCGGAAACACUGAACACAGAGUCAACUAAGGUAACAUCAGACAUGCAACAAACAGUGCAGUGUGAACUGGUUGAUAAGCUGCAUGAAGCCAGUAUUGAGACUAGAGAAGCAGAGGAAACAUUUAAGGUUCCUAGCUUGGGAAGCCCCUUGAAUCAAGACAAACUUCCAGGCAAUAAUUUUAGUGACUUGGAGAUUAUAAAUUCUGUGGAUUUUGAUUCCUAUAGUGUAAUAGAUGAGAUUAGUGGAACAGAUUCAGACUCGCUGAUGGAGAUAGAAGACUCUGGUAAUUGUGAAGAUGAAAUAGUUGUGGAGCAUCCUGGCAAAGAAAAAAACCUUCCCAAACUUGUGCCUCAGGAUACAGAGGAAGAAAAGAAAAUACUUAGUACAGAUGGGUCAGUAACUGACCAGAAGUCAUGUAACUUGAAGCUGACCUGUCUUGACCAAGGAAACCAUUUAGAAAUGUUAUGUAAUAAGGGGGUAAACUCUGUGCCUCUAGCAAGAGAUGCAAACCCAGUCUCUGUUGAUGAUGAUAAUUCUGUACUGAGCAUUGAUCUCAAUCAUAUGAGAUGUAUUCCAAAAGCAAUCAGUCCACUUAAUAGUCCAAUACGACCCUUGGCUAAAGCACUCAGGAUGGAAAGCACUUACACAGGACCUGUGAAAAGUUAUAAUAUAGAUUUAAUGCCUGAAAAUGCAGCUGCCUGUCCUGCAAGAAACAUGUCCAGUGAACGCAACAAAGAAAAUCAAAAACCAUUUUGCGCAGAACCCCAGGUCUUAGAGAUAGAAUCACAACUGAGCACGUCUUCAGAUGAAUUAGAAGAAGGUGAAAUUGUAAGCGAUGAUGAUCAUCUUAAAAAUGAAAGAAACUCUGAAAACAGUAAAAAAUCAAGAGGAAAAGCAUCUUCUGAAAGAUCCAAUUUGGUCAGUAAUCCACACAACCAAAAUCCAAAGACUGUAUCUUCCAAUGAAGACAAAGAAAAAUUGGCUUCUGGAAGAAACAAUAAAGAAAAAUCCAGAACUGGAAACAUGAUACCCUCCAAAGAAACAAAGAGAAAAAAACCUUUGAACAUUGACUGUCUUGGUAAAAUUAUUGCUGAGCCUUCUACUAUGCCUGAGUUUAUGCAGAUGCUAAAGGCUAUCAGAAAGCAAGUACGGAAAAACUACAUGAAAUUUAAAGUACAGUUUCCAAUACAGCAUUUCCAUAGGAUUAUAGAUUCAGCAAUUUCCAAUUUUACAUCUUUAGUAAAAUAUCUUAACUUCUCUAAAAUGUCUAAAUCAGGUCAAGCCUUAAAGUUGAAUCUCUGUGAAGUUAUAGAAUCCAAGCUUAAGCAAAUUAAAAGAAAUAGUGCAAUAGGUCAUCUCUUUGAACAACAACGAUCAGAUAUGAAGAAAAAGUUGUGGAAACUUGUAGACGAGCAGCUGGAUAACCUAUUUGACAAAAUCAAGAAAAUUCUCCUGAAAUUAUGCAAUUUAAUUAAUAUUGGCAAUGAGAAUGAUGAAGGUAAACUUAAUAAAAGAAUUAAAGAGAGCCCUAAACACUUCACAAGUCGUAAAAUGGAGGGAAAAAAACCAAAGAAACCAUCUUUAAAUUUUAGAACUCAAAAGGUUGGAGAAUGUACCCUUCCAAAGCCUGUGGUGGGCAACCACCUGUCUAAAAGAAGUCACCAUGACGCAAAUAAAAUGGAUACAAAAAAAAAUAUGGUUACAAAAUGUACAAAUUCCUAUACGGAUAAUGCAAAAGGAUCUCAGACUGUGGUUGAACUUGUCAAAGAAAAGUCUAUACAGGUUACUGAAUUGGCUUUGAAAACUGGGAAAUGUGAAAAAGACAGGUCACAACUGGAUGGAAACUCUCAUAAGUCUGAUAUUAGCUGUGGACUUCUCACAGAACAGCAAAUGUCUGGCCUAACAUUUAACCUGGUAAAUGAUGCUCAAAUGGGUGAGAUGUUCAAAAGUUUGUUACAAGGCUCUGAUUUUUCAGAGAAAAAUGUUGACUUCAUGGAUGAAAAUCAGUGGGAAUUCAGGACACCAGAAAAGCACCUACUAGGUGGACAGAACUGUGGAAAUGAUACUGUGUAUGAAACAGAAGAAUCAUUUCCAAAAGAGCCCCGAAUAGAGUCAAGGGUGCUUGAUGGCAUUAAAUGGCCUAUAGUUUCACCUGAAAGAGACUCAACUUUUUUAGCUAGACUUCCAAUGCCUGUUGAUCCAGAUAUUCUAGAUGAAAAUUGUAUGUUUGACAUUCCUUCUAGUCCGGCUUUGAAGAAAAGCGAGCCGUGCAUUUUGGAAAAACCAAAAUCUCUUGUGUCUUCUAUUCUUCUGGAAGAUCUAGCUGUGUCAUUGACUAUUCCGUCUCCUUUGAAAUCAGAUGGUCAUCUUAGUUUUUUGAAGCCUGACAUGUUUGGAUCAGUUCCUGAGGAUGUUCUGAGUGCACACUUCAGUGAAGACGCCCAUCUUGAAGAGGAGGAUGCUUCUGAACAAGAUAUCCAUUUGGCUUUGGAAUCUGAUAAUUCAAGCAGUAAAUCAAGCUGCUCUUCAUCAUGGACAAUCAUGCCUGCUGCUCCGGGAUUCCAAUAUUGCCCAAGCCUGCCAAUGCAAGCAGUAAUAAUGGAGAAAUCAAACGAUCACUUCAUUGUUAAGAUAAGGCGUGCCUUACCAUCUACCUCACCACCUGUUGAUCAGGUAUCCUCAGCAAACAAUUCACCGGCCUCUUUUAUUGAGAGGGGGAAUAAUGAAAGUAUGUCUGAAGAAAAAUUAGAUACUUUAAAUUCUAGAGGCCUGCCAUUGAAAGGAAUGGCAGUAUCUAAAGAACAGAAGAAUGUUACUGACUUUGAUGAUAAGAUGCAUGAUAAUGUUGAAAAAGAGUAUGUUUCUAAUUCUUUUGAGCCUAUGAAGGAACCUUCUGUUUGUCAUGAAAACCAUCAGGUUCCUGAUCUGUCUAAAUCCCAGCAGGACUUUAAUCCUAGUGUUCCUGACAACAUGCUUAAAUCUGUGGAGGAUCUACUUAGUAAUACUAGACAAGAGCAAGAUUGUAACAUGCCUGAGCCCCUUCAUGAGCAACCUAGCAGUACAAGUCAGUGUCAAGACUCUGAUUUGCUUGAACUCCAUCAAAUAUCACAUAGUGAUGCUGGCCCAAAAGAAACCUCCGAUUUACCUGAUCCACCUAAAGAAGUGGGAAAAUCCAGCUCUCCAGUAUCUAUUACAGAAAUCUCAGAUAAAACUUGCCACAGUGAAGACUUACCAAAUGUCUUUAAGCUACCUCAGACACACUCAUUGAAAGUGCUCCAAAAAAGAGAGGUAUCCUGUGCUACAGCAGAACAACUUUCAGUUAGCUCUGCAGUUGUUCCACUUGUAGAUGAGUUUUCUUCUGAGAGCCACUUUGAUGUAUGUAUAGACUUGACAAAUGAGACUCCCAUGGAAAAUGAAGUUGAUUCGUGGAAUCUUACAGCAGAAUCUACUUUAAAUGCUGGAACGGGAAGCUUUCAUGUAGCAGAUGAUCUGUUGAAAUGUGAUGUUGGUGUGGUUACUGACUUGAUAGCAAAGCAGGCUGACAAGCCUACCAUAGGUGAGAAUUUUGAAGAAAAAACUGCUUUAAACCUUGGUAGUCCAAUCUCUGACAAAGAGAGCAAAAAAAGAAAACGGGAGAACGAAGAAACAUCCAGCAUAAAAAGACAAAGGAAGGAGAGCAGUGAACUGGCUUGUAAAAAGAAUGACAAAAGUAGCAAAAAAUCUAAAGAGAGUAUGUCAGCAGCCAAGAGUUCAUCCAGUAAAAAGGCUUCAUCAGUUAGGGACAAAGAUCAUUUACCAUCAACGCCAUCUGUGCCACCAUUAAGUCUGAAUGCCAAAAAUAUAAUAAAAAAAAAAGGAGAAGUCAUAAUUUCUUGGACAAGAAAUGAUGACAGGGAGAUUUUAUUAGAAUGUCAGAAAAAGGGACCUUCAGGAAAAACAUUUUCUUCUGUUGCUGCCAGGCUAAAUAAGAACUCAAAUCAGGUUGAAGAAAGAUUCAAACAGUUAGUGAAGCUGUUCAAUAUGUCAAAUUGCAGUUAGCAGCUACACUGUUGUUACUGAUAAUGGACUUCUGUGAGCAUUUAUGCACUGUGUGUUUGUGUGUGUGUGUGUGAGAGAGAGAAUGAGAGAGAUCCAAGUUAGAAUAGUCUGUUGCUUAUCUUGACAGUUGUAUUUUAAAUGCAGCAUUUUAUACCACACAUCACCUUAAAAGAUGUCUAGAAUGUCUUGAGAAUUUAUAAUGUUUAACUAUCCUUUCAGGAAUAGUCAUAAGAAUAUAUAAAAGAGAGUUAAGCAGCAGACUUGGUCUGUUCAGAAAACAUGAGCACAACCUGUGAAGUUUUUCACUAUAUCCUGUAAACCCCUUUGUUCAGUAUGGUGGAUAUGUUGGACAUUUUGUAGAGUAUAUUUUGGUAGUAUUUUAUCAUCCGUUCCAAAUUUCUGCUGCUAAAGACAACAAACUUUUACAUUCUGUAUGCAAAAACGGUUUUCAAAGGCUCGCUUUGCUACUCCAUGCUAACAUAAAGCAGCUUCUCUUUAAAAUGCACCUGCAAUAUAUUUUAACAUAUUAUGCAGUCAGUGUGCAGUAUGAAUAUGUGCCUUAAGUAAUUUAACCAAGAGAUUCACAAUCCAGUACUCAUGAGUAUAAUCCAGAGAAUAUGAAGAGAGUUUAUCCAAAACUAGUCUCAAUCUGCAGUCUCUUCCAGGCAGAAAUAUAAAAAGUGUAAGCUUUGUCUUUCUGAUCCAGCUGCCUGGAGUUCUUGCACAGGGCCUCUUCAGAAGCAGUAAUUGGAUCUGGGAGCUGGGAUUGGUGGAGAGGGUGGAUUUUAUUCCCCUUCCAAAUACUUCCUUGGUGUGAUUACUGUUCUGAAGUGGUUCUAAAUGCUUCAUAUGCUUAUUUGAUCAGGGCUUCUAUAAAUUCAUUGUCACAGGUGGUAUUAAUUCGAAAGCAGCUACUGGAAUAUGGGGGUAUUUUGGCUCUGUCUCCAUGGAAUGCCUUGUGAACAGCAGCAAAAAUCCUAAUUUCAUCGAGGCUCUUCAGAAAGGAUGUGGACGUUUAUAAGAGCUCAGCAUAUUUCUUAAAGUGACUUUCUGCCAUGCUGGAAUGUUUGGGGUUUUUUUGUAAAUUGUAUAGUUUUAAAUGUAAAGAGUUGUAAAUAUGUGUACAGGAUCCUAUAUUGUAUAAAAUACGUUGUUAUAUAGUUUGUUUACCUGCAAAUUUUGACUACAUAACACAAGUUUUAUUUUGUAUAAACUAAAUACUGCAUACUGAAAUACAAAUCUGAAAUUUUGUAAAAUGAAUGCACUUAAAUGUUAAUUAAAAGUUGACUUGAAGUGUU